AUGGUAACGGAUAAGAAGAGAAACUAUGGACGCUGUGGUUCAGACGACGCAAAGCGCACGCACACCGGCGAGAAGCCGUUUAAGUGCGACCAGUGCGGCGCCGCCUUUACGCGCUCCAACAACCUCAUUACUCACAAGCGCACGCACACGGGCGAGAAGCGGUUCAAGUGCGACGGCCUCUAG